UAGUAGUUAGAUACUUGUAGACUUGAUUAUUCUUAUAUUUUAUUUAAUUUGUUUGCAUUACUGAAGUACUGCAGUUUGGGGAUCAAUCGAAGAAAACGAAAUUGACAUCGUUUGAUUAAGAAGUACAUCACCAAUACAAGGCCUACGAACAAAAUGCCGGCCAGCGGCUUCGAUUUGUAUAACAUGCAAGACGCCAGAAAUAAUUUUGAUGCAAUGCGACCUACUCCGAUUUGUACUGAUGCCAAUCAGUUUAUGGGACAAUGUCAGAAUAUACACAUAUCGACGAAUUGCUACUACGGAUACCAUGAGCCGAAACGACCACAAAUUGAAGCGGCACCCGAUUGCGAAAUGGUAGAGGCCCCGCGUGAUGAUGCAAAUUCACCGCCACCCAACCACGGUAGAAAACGCAGCGCAGACGCCGGCAAUCACCAUCAAAUCAAGCGACCCCGACCAGAGAUGCAAAGAGAGAAAAACAAUGAACCUGAGACAAAUGAGAACAUGAAAAUGGACAAAAGUAAAGAAGAACUGUUGGAGACCUUAUAUUGGAAUAUACAUGGAGGGAACUUUAUUGAUUUAUUGCAGUGUUUGUGAAAUGUACAAGUGGAAUAGUGUGAUAUUUUUAGUAUUAGUUCAUAAGUGACUGGGAUACUAACUUUAAAAAUAUAAGUAGUUAAGGUUUUUUCUCAUGGAUGCAUUGACUUAAGUUUUAAGUUUUUCGUAAUAAAUUCAAAAGGGAAAAGUGAGGCUUUUAUUUAAAAAAAUAAUAAACAAAAAGUUUAUUUGUAAAUGAUGGUUUAUUGUUCUAAACAUUCAAUACUUUUGAAAAUACUUGCAUAUUCUAAAAUCAUAGAAUAAUUAAUAUUAAAUAAAUGGAUAGAUUCAAGUCUAACGUUACACGCGAUAAAAACAAUCGGAAAUUCAACGGGAUGCUCGAGAUUUAAUCUGAAAAAGAAGAAAUAUUAUUAAUUUCCAUUUGUUUCAUCUUUCUGUUUCAGAUGGAGUGAGAAGAUCUAAUCUUGUGAUAUUUACUUUCAGGGCCACUCAAACACGAAGCAAACUGUGAAGUUUGCAGUUUGGGUGUUUGCUCCGUCCUUACAUUAUAUUAACAUCACCUUUCUGUUUUUCAGAUGACUCUCCCAAAUGCAGCCUUGUUGGCGCGCGAUCGAGCCCGAGCCAUUCUGCAUCAGCCUUUAAUAUAAAUACAUCAAACUGUUACGUACUUCACUUGACGUACAGAUUUAUUUUAAGUGUAUAACGGCGUAUAACUAAAUGUUAUUGAUUGUAGAUUUAACUUCAAACUGUUUCUAUGCGACUGUGAUUAUUAUGUACCUGAUAUUUGUUAAUACAACAUUUAUACUGAGA